AACCCUUCACUUACCAAAAGCCACACACAACAAUGUCUCUCCUUCUCCCUAGGAAUUUACAACAAUACCCUUCUUCUUCCUCCUUCCCAUCUUCAACCCCUCUCCUAUCUCCGCCUCCCUCCACCGCCUUCGUACCUCGCCGGAGAUGUCUCAGAUUAGUCACUUCUUGUGUCUCCACCGUUCAAAGCUCCGUCGCAACAAACGGUUCCUCUCCAGCUCCAGCUCCGGCCGCUGUUGUCGUUGAACGAGACCAGAUUCGUCUUGGUCUUCCUAGUAAAGGACGUAUGGCUGCCGAUGCAAUCGAUCUUCUUAAGGACUGUCAACUGUUUGUUAAACAAGUCAAUCCUAGGCAAUAUGUUGCACAGAUUCCACAGUUACCAAACACUGAAGUCUGGUUUCAACGGCCAAAGGAUAUUGUCAGGAAGUUACUCUCAGGAGAUUUGGAUCUAGGUAUCGUUGGUCUUGAUACACUUAGUGAAUAUGGUCAGGAAAAUGAAGAUCUUAUCAUUGUCCAUGAAGCUCUCAACUUUGGAGACUGCCACCUAUCCAUUGCGAUUCCCAACUAUGGGAUUUUUGAGAAUAUAAAUUCUCUGAAGGAGCUAGCACAAAUGCCCCAAUGGAGUGAAGAGAGACCCUUACGCUUAGCUACUGGCUUCACUUAUCUCGGCCCUAAAUUUAUGAAAGAAAACGGCAUAAAGCAUGUGGUGUUUUCAACUGCAGACGGAGCCCUGGAGGCAGCUCCUGCGAUGGGGAUAGCUGAUGCCAUUUUGGACCUUGUGAGUAGUGGGACAACACUCAAAGAGAACAACUUAAAAGAAAUUGAAGGAGGUGUUGUGCUGGAAAGUCAGGCAGCACUUGUGGCAAGCAGAAGAGCAUUGACCGAGAGAAAAGGAGCACUAAACACAGUACACGAGAUUCUUGAGAGAUUGGAGGCCCAUCUAAAGGCGGAUGGUCAAUUCACUGUUGUUGCAAACAUGAGAGGAAAUAGUGCUCAGGAAGUGGCUGAGCGUGUGCUGAGCCAACCAUCAUUGUCUGGAUUGCAGGGACCAACAAUAAGCCCAGUUUACUGUACACAAAAUGGAAAAGUAUCGGUUGACUACUAUGCCAUCGUGAUUUGUGUACCAAAAAAGGCCCUAUAUGACUCUGUGAAGCAACUGAGAGCGGUCGGAGGUAGUGGGGUAUUAGUUUCACCUCUGACCUACAUUUUUGAUGAGGAUACUCCAAGAUGGGGUCAGCUCCUGAGAAACCUCGGGCUUUAAAUGCUUUGGUAAGGAAGAUGCAUAUGCUGAACAAGUUUUAAGAAGACUCUUUGGUGUAAAUCUCUGAGUUUUGGUACCUUUGUGUCUCUCUUUUUUCUUUCCAUUUUCUGCUGCAGUCGUUAUCCUCCUUGCUGUUGUAAUUUUUACAUCUCUUUUCUGUAUGGAUCCUAUUCGUUGUUGUUAAUCCCGUUGGAACAAUAAAAACAAGCCUUUUCA